GUGGGCGGCAAUGGGGAUGUUGUGGGCGGCAAUGGGGAUGUUGUGGGCGGCAAUGGGGAUGUUGUGGGCGGCAAUGGGGAUGUUGUGGGCGGCAAUGGGGAUGUUGUGGGCGGCAAUGGGGAUGUUGUGGGCGGCAAUGGGGAUGUUGUGGGCGGCAAUGGGGAUGUUGUGGGCGGCAAUGGGGAUGUUGUGGGCGGCAAUGGGGAUGUUGUGGGCGGCAAUGGGGAUGUUGUGGGCGGCAAUGGGGAUGUUGUGGGCGGCAAUGGGGAUGUUGUGGGCGGCAAUGGGGAUGUUGUGGGCGGCAAUGGGGAUGUUGUGGGCGGCAAUGGGGAUGUUGUGGGCGGCAAUGGGGAUGUUGUGGGCGGCAAUGGGGAUGUUGUGGGCGGCAAUGGGGAUGUUGUGGGCGGCAAUGGGGAUGUUGUGGGCGGCAAUGGGGAUGUUGUGGGCGGCAAUGGGGAUGUUGUGGGCGGCAAUGGGGAUGUUGUGGGCGGCAAUGGGGAUGUUGUGGGCGGCAAUGGGGAUGUUGUGGGCGGCAAUGGGGAUGUUGUGGGCGGCAAUGGGGAUGUUGUGGGCGGCAAUGGGGAUGUUGUGGGCGGCAAUGGGGAUGUUGUGGGCGGCAAUGGGGAUGUUGUGGGCGGCAAUGGGGAUGUUGUGGGCGGCAAUGGGGAUGUUGUGGGCGGCAAUGGGGAUGUUGUGGGCGGCAAUGGGGAUGUUGUGGGCGGCAAUGGGGAUGUUGUGGGCGGCAAUGGGGAUGUUGUGGGCGGCAAUGGGGAUGUUGUGGGCGGCAAUGGGGAUGUUGUGGGCGGCAAUGGGGAUGUUGUGGGCGGCAAUGGGGAUGUUGUGGGCGGCAAUGGGGAUGUUGUGGGCGGCAAUGGGGAUGUUGUGGGCGGCAAUGGGGAUGUUGUGGGCGGCAAUGGGGAUGUUGUGGGCGGCAAUGGGGAUGUUGUGGGCGGCAAUGGGGAUGUUGUGGGCGGCAAUGGGGAUGUUGUGGGCGGCAAUGGGGAUGUUGUGGGCGGCAAUGGGGAUGUUGUGGGCGGCAAUGGGGAUGUUGUGGGCGGCAAUGGGGAUGUUGUGGGCGGCAAUGGGGAUGUUGUGGGCGGCAAUGGGGAUGUUGUGGGCGGCAAUGGGGAUGUUGUGGGCGGCAAUGGGGAUGUUGUGGGCGGCAAUGGGGAUGUUGUGGGCGGCAAUGGGGAUGUUGUGGGCGGCAAUGGGGAUGUUGUGGGCGGCAAUGGGGAUGUUGUGGGCGGCAAUGGGGAUGUUGUGGGCGGCAAUGGGGAUGUUGUGGGCGGCAAUGGGGAUGUUGUGGGCGGCAAUGGGGAUGUUGUGGGCGGCAAUGGGGAUGUUGUGGGCGGCAAUGGGGAUGUUGUGGGCGGCAAUGGGGAUGUUGUGGGCGGCAAUGGGGAUGUUGUGGGCGGCAAUGGGGAUGUUGUGGGCGGCAAUGGGGAUGUUGUGGGCGGCAAUGGGGAUGUUGUGGGCGGCAAUGGGGAUGUUGUGGGCGGCAAUGGGGAUGUUGUGGGCGGCAAUGGGGAUGUUGUGGGCGGCAAUGGGGAUGUUGUGGGCGGCAAUGGGGAUGUUGUGGGCGGCAAUGGGGAUGUUGUGGGCGGCAAUGGGGAUGUUGUGGGCGGCAAUGGGGAUGUUGUGGGCGGCAAUGGGGAUGUUGUGGGCGGCAAUGGGGAUGUUGUGGGCGGCAAUGGGGAUGUUGUGGGCGGCAAUGGGGAUGUUGUGGGCGGCAAUGGGGAUGUUGUGGGCGGCAAUGGGGAUGUUGUGGGCGGCAAUGGGGAUGUUGUGGGCGGCAAUGGGGAUGUUGUGGGCGGCAAUGGGGAUGUUGUGGGCGGCAAUGGGGAUGUUGUGGGCGGCAAUGGGGAUGUUGUGGGCGGCAAUGGGGAUGUUGUGGGCGGCAAUGGGGAUGUUGUGGGCGGCAAUGGGGAUGUUGUGGGCGGCAAUGGGGAUGUUGUGGGCGGCAAUGGGGAUGUUGUGGGCGGCAAUGGGGAUGUUGUGGGCGGCAAUGGGGAUGUUGUGGGCGGCAAUGGGGAUGUUGUGGGCGGCAAUGGGGAUGUUGUGGGCGGCAAUGGGGAUGUUGUGGGCGGCAAUGGGGAUGUUGUGGGCGGCAAUGGGGAUGUUGUGGGCGGCAAUGGGGAUGUUGUGGGCGGCAAUGGGGAUGUUGUGGGCGGCAAUGGGGAUGUUGUGGGCGGCAAUGGGGAUGUUGUGGGCGGCAAUGGGGAUGUUGUGGGCGGCAAUGGGGAUGUUGUGGGCGGCAAUGGGGAUGUUGUGGGCGGCAAUGGGGAUGUUGUGGGCGGCAAUGGGGAUGUUGUGGGCGGCAAUGGGGAUGUUGUGGGCGGCAAUGGGGAUGUUGUGGGCGGCAAUGGGGAUGUUGUGGGCGGCAAUGGGGAUGUUGUGGGCGGCAAUGGGGAUGUUGUGGGCGGCAAUGGGGAUGUUGUGGGCGGCAAUGGGGAUGUUGUGGGCGGCAAUGGGGAUGUUGUGGGCGGCAAUGGGGAUGUUGUGGGCGGCAAUGGGGAUGUUGUGGGCGGCAAUGGGGAUGUUGUGGGCGGCAAUGGGGAUGUUGUGGGCGGCAAUGGGGAUGUUGUGGGCGGCAAUGGGGAUGUUGUGGGCGGCAAUGGGGAUGUUGUGGGCGGCAAUGGGGAUGUUGUGGGCGGCAAUGGGGAUGUUGUGGGCGGCAAUGGGGAUGUUGUGGGCGGCAAUGGGGAUGUUGUGGGCGGCAAUGGGGAUGUUGUGGGCGGCAAUGGGGAUGUUGUGGGCGGCAAUGGGGAUGUUGUGGGCGGCAAUGGGGAUGUUGUGGGCGGCAAUGGGGAUGUUGUGGGCGGCAAUGGGGAUGUUGUGGGCGGCAAUGGGGAUGUUGUGGGCGGCAAUGGGGAUGUUGUGGGCGGCAAUGGGGAUGUUGUGGGCGGCAAUGGGGAUGUUGUGGGCGGCAAUGGGGAUGUUGUGGGCGGCAAUGGGGAUGUUGUGGGCGGCAAUGGGGAUGUUGUGGGCGGCAAUGGGGAUGUUGUGGGCGGCAAUGGGGAUGUUGUGGGCGGCAAUGGGGAUGUUGUGGGCGGCAAUGGGGAUGUUGUGGGCGGCAAUGGGGAUGUUGUGGGCGGCAAUGGGGAUGUUGUGGGCGGCAAUGGGGAUGUUGUGGGCGGCAAUGGGGAUGUUGUGGGCGGCAAUGGGGAUGUUGUGGGCGGCAAUGGGGAUGUUGUGGGCGGCAAUGGGGAUGUUGUGGGCGGCAAUGGGGAUGUUGUGGGCGGCAAUGGGGAUGUUGUGGGCGGCAAUGGGGAUGUUGUGGGCGGCAAUGGGGAUGUUGUGGGCGGCAAUGGGGAUGUUGUGGGCGGCAAUGGGGAUGUUGUGGGCGGCAAUGGGGAUGUUGUGGGCGGCAAUGGGGAUGUUGUGGGCGGCAAUGGGGAUGUUGUGGGCGGCAAUGGGGAUGUUGUGGGCGGCAAUGGGGAUGUUGUGGGCGGCAAUGGGGAUGUUGUGGGCGGCAAUGGGGAUGUUGUGGGCGGCAAUGGGGAUGUUGUGGGCGGCAAUGGGGAUGUUGUGGGCGGCAAUGGGGAUGUUGUGGGCGGCAAUGGGGAUGUUGUGGGCGGCAAUGGGGAUGUUGUGGGCGGCAAUGGGGAUGUUGUGGGCGGCAAUGGGGAUGUUGUGGGCGGCAAUGGGGAUGUUGUGGGCGGCAAUGGGGAUGUUGUGGGCGGCAAUGGGGAUGUUGUGGGCGGCAAUGGGGAUGUUGUGGGCGGCAAUGGGGAUGUUGUGGGCGGCAAUGGUGAUGUUGUGGGCGGCAAUGGGGAUGUUGUGGGCGGCAAUGGGGAUGUUGUGGGCGGCAAUGGGGAUGUUGUGGGCGGCAAUGGGGUGGGCGGCAAUGGGGAUGUUGUGGGCGGCAAUGGGGAUGUUGUGGGCGGCAAUGGGGAUGUUGUGGGCGGCAAUGGGGAUGUUGUGGGCGGCAAUGGGGAUGUUGUGGGCGGCAAUGGGGAUGUUGUGGGCGGCAAUGGGGAUGUUGUGGGCGGCAAUGGGGAUGUUGUGGGCGGCAAUGGGGAUGUUGUGGGCGGCAAUGGGGAUGUUGUGGGCGGCAAUGGGGAUGUUGUGGGCGGCAAUGGGGAUGUUGUGGGCGGCAAUGGGGAUGUUGUGGGCGGCAAUGGGGAUGUUGUGGGCGGCAAUGGGGAUGUUGUGGGCGGCAAUGGGGAUGUUGUGGGCGGCAAUGGGGAUGUUGUGGGCGGCAAUGGGGAUGUUGUGGGCGGCAAUGGGGAUGUUGUGGGCGGCAAUGGGGAUGUUGUGGGCGGCAAUGGGGAUGUUGUGGGCGGCAAUGGGGAUGUUGUGGGCGGCAAUGGGGAUGUUGUGGGCGGCAAUGGGGAUGUUGUGGGCGGCAAUGGGGAUGUUGUGGGCGGCAAUGGGGAUGUUGUGGGCGGCAAUGGGGAUGUUGUGGGCGGCAAUGGGGAUGUUGUGGGCGGCAAUGGGGAUGUUGUGGGCGGCAAUGGGGAUGUUGUGGGCGGCAAUGGGGAUGUUGUGGGCGGCAAUGGGGAUGUUGUGGGCGGCAAUGGGGAUGUUGUGGGCGGCAAUGGGGAUGUUGUGGGCGGCAAUGGGGAUGUUGUGGGCGGCGAUGGGGAUGUUGUGGGCGGCGAUGGGGAUGUUGUGGGCGGCAAUGGGGAUGUUGUGGGCGGCAAUGGGGAUGUUGUGGGCGGCAAUGGGGAUGUUGUGGGCGGCAAUGGGGAUGUUGUGGGCGGCAAUGGGGAUGUUGUGGGCGGCGAUGGGGAUGUUGUGGGCGGCAAUGGGGAUGGGAUGGGCAGCAAUGGGGUUGGGAUGGGCGGCAAUGGGAGUGGGGUGGGACGCAAUUAUAGCCUUUAUGUGCAACAGAAGCGGCAGUUUCGGAAGCGGAAAGCGCUCGAAGAGGAGGACGGGGAUGGCGGAGGGGAGCCCGAGGAGCAAAAAGACGUCCGCUCCGCGCUAGAGGAAGUGCGUCUGUUACAGCAGCAGCGCGUGCGCCUUAAGGGGAUUGCAGCAGACGGAGCGCUCACAGGCGCGCAAGGGGCUGAGGGGAAGGGGGGAGGCGCGGGGGGGCAGGGGGAGGCGGGGGAGGAAGGGGAAGGAGGGGAGGAGCUGGUGCUGCAGGACACAUUUGCGCAGGAAACGGCAAUUACUGUAGAAGAUCCAAACAUGUACGUGAUUCUAACGGGAUGCGCUCCCCUUCUUGCUCAUGCGCUCUUCCCAGGCUCAAGUACAUUGAGGAGGAGCUGGCAAAGCGCCGAGCAGGUGCUGAGUCACGCUGCAUUUCCUCACGGCCCAUUCUCUCACCGCCCAUUCUCUCACCGCCCAUUCUCUCACCGCCCAUUCUCUCACCGCCCAUUCCCUCACCCCAUGCUUAAGUACAUAGAGGAGGAGCUGACAAAGCGUCAAGCCGAGGGAGUGCUGCUGAGUUACGCCUCAUGCAAUUCCUCCACCCUUUUCCCCCUCAUCGCCCCCCUCCCCCCUGGUCUCCCUUCCCCCCCCCCUCUCUGGUCCUCCAGGCUCAAGUACAUUGGGGAGGAGCUGGCAAAGCGCCGAGGGAAUUCAGUCACAUGA